UACCCAAUAUGACACUCGUAGCCCAUCAGACCAUUUAUUUGCGGUGUCCGGUUGGCGGACAAUACGAUGAUAUCUUAUGGGAAAAAAACGGAGUACUACUACCCGACAAUCACAGACAAACACUUCAUUCAAACGGUACACUCAUUGUACGGGAGCUCUCCCGGGAAACAGAUGCGGGGCGGUACUCAUGUAUGGCUAAAUAUAAGGGCGAUGUAUCCAAACGUGAUUUUUUUGUAACAGUUAGAGAAAAACCAAUUAUCGAGCCGUUUGUCGUGCCAUCGCUGGUCAAUACUGGCCAACGGCUGUCCAUUACGUGUACAGUCAUCAGAGGCGAUCCGCCGCUGACCAUCAAAUGGCUAUACAAUGACCACAUUAUUGGCGGCGGUGGCGGCCAUAACGGUGGUAGCCGUGAACAGUUGGCUACGGUUGCGGUAAAAGUCCAUCACUUGACCGACUAUUCGUCGACACUAUUGUUUGAAUCGUUGACCAAAAAACAGACCGGCAAUUACACAUGUGUUGCGAUUAAUGAUGUCGGAGAAGAUAAACACAGCACUCAAAUGAUAAUACGGGAAAAGCCCCGUUGGAUAAUAGAGCCGACAGAUCACAUAGAUUUAGUCGAAGGCACCGGUGUUUGGGUUGACUGUUCCGCCACUGGAUUUCCAACACCAAGUGUUCAAUGGAAAAGAGCUCAAAGCAUGAAAUCCGAUUACCGGCCGAUUGUCAGCUCAUUUCAGACACAGGUUCACGAAAACGGCACACUUUAUAUAGAAAGUGCCGACAAAAAGGAUUCGGGUCUAUACCUGUGCCACGUGUCCAACGGUAUUGAACCGGAUCUCAGCAAAAUAAUCCGUAUCCAAGUCCACAUCGCCGCCCGUUUUAAAGUGAAAUUCAGAGCCGAAACGUUUGAACGAAAUCAACGAUCAGUACUUAAUUGUGAGGCCACUGGUGAACGACCCAUAAUUGUCGAGUGGCUCCGGGAUAGACAACCUAUACGUCCUGAACAUCAUUCAAAUAGAUAUGUUAUCAAAGAGACGGUAAUGAAUGAGGGAAUUACAUCUGAGUUAAUGAUUGAAUCAAUUGAUAGAAGCGAUUCAGCUCUCUAUCAGUGCAUUACAUCCAAUGCUUACGGAAGAGAUGAGACCAGUAUUCAAGUUAUAGUUCAAGAACCACCCGAUACGCCACUAGAUGUCAAAGUUGAUGACAUAAGCAGCCGAUCGGCACGGGUGUCGUGGGCGCCGCCCUUUACGGGCAAUUCAAGAAUAACUAAAUAUCAUAUCUAUCUGAAUGAAAGUCCAUUAAAUGGACCGCCGAUGUCGAUGAUGAUGAUGUCGUCCACACUUCCGUCACAAAAACGCAACAUAACUAUUCCCGGCACUGAGAUGGUAUGGACUAUAUCUGACUUAUCGCCCAAUAAUAUGUAUUCAUUAAGCGUUUCGGCCGUCAAUUCACUCGGAAUGAGUCAGUCGUCGACUCCGGCAAUCAAUUUUCAGACCGACGAAGAAGUUCCCAGUGACCCACCGACACAUAUCAAGGCUCACUCUAAUUCAUCAAAUACUAUAAGAAUCAGUUGGAAGGCACCGGACAAUCAAAUAAAUUUUGGUUCAAUAAAAGGGUAUUAUAUUGGAUAUAAAGUAUUAUCGGAUAUAACUUCAGAUGUUUAUAUYUAUAAAACUAUUGAU